CAUUAUGAGAGGGUAAAAGGUAAAGCAGGAUUAAGCUGAAGGCCAGUGACAGCAUGGAUAGAGUAUAACAUCCCUCCCUCUGUCAAGAAGUAGGCUUUCUAAUUCAUCGAAUGGGUUAAUGUCUCUCAGAUGUUGGGUAUUUUCUGAAUUUUAUUGAAAUUGGACAAGGAAUAAUGUAUUUUAUGAAAACUCUUUUGAAAUAUUGAGUCCGUAUAGUGAAAGGUUUAUUUCCUUCUAGACCUCACCUCAUGGUUGUGAAUUCAGUGGCUGGUAAAAUUUGAUAUAUAUAUACAUAGUAUAGAUACAUGCCUUUUUAAAAUGAAAUGUGAUUUUGAAACUUCCAAGUUCAAUAAUUCUAAAUACAGCUUGACCUCGUGUUCUAAUCUGUGAAUGUGAGGAAGCUAUCACAUCUUAUCCAUUAAAAUGCACACGUACUUAGAAUGAAAUGAAGCAUUGCGACUUUAGGGAUUUCAUGAACCCCUGAGCCAUCCCUGGGCUUCAAGACUCCAUGCCUGCUGUCUGGGUGUUUAAUCAUGGAACAAUCCAGAUAAGAUGGUUUUGCUUUGUCAUAAUGCCACCUAAAGUGCUUACAGUAGAAAAAAAUUUAAUGAGAAGAUGUAGUUUUUUACCCAGUUGGAUUCAAUAACAGCUCAGAAGUAUUUGAAUGACCACCUUGUUUCAGGCACUUUGAUGUAUAAUAUGAUUCUUACGUCCAUGGAGUUUAUAAUUUAGCUUAUGAGACCAGCAAAAUUAGCUAGACAUACUUUUUAAAUAACUUUAAGUUGUUUCCUCAUUGUCCUUAUUACUACAGAUAUGAGCUUGAGACACAAUAAUAAUGAGAUCCCCUGUAGAUAGUGUUUAAGUAAAGCUUCUGGGGAGGUGACCCUGGUGACUUGAGCUUUAAGUGAUGGGACAGAGCCACCAGCGUGGCAUUUGGGAAUUAAAGCAUUCUUAUACAGAGGGACGAGCUGAGGUACAGACUGAAAGAAGCUCACUGUAGGUGGAGGGAGGUCAGUGAAGGUAAGUACACACUAGAGAAGUGUACCCUUGUGGGCAGGGACCCUGAUCGUGCACAGCCUUGGAGGCCAGAGUCAGAAGACCCUUGGGGGGCACUCUAGGGCUUUCCUGUAUAAGGAAGUAACACAGGCCCACCACACGGGUUAAUUUGGUGUGAAUAAAUUGUAGAAGGGGAGAAGCAGGGAAAAUAGUUCAAAGGUAAGACAUGAUAAUAGACUAAGACUAAGGUGUGGAAAUAGAGCUGGGGAAGACAGCAUAGCACUGAAAGGCAUUUUAAAGCUAGCACCUACAUGGCUUGCUGUUGGGACAGUCGUUGUUAUAAGAGUCACACCAUCAUAUCCACAUCCCACCAUUUUUCCCCCCAAGGAAUAAAUUUUUUAUGCAGUCACACAAAGGUUUUUUUGAAUUUCUGAUUCUGAGUAGAAGCCCCGGGGUGAGCACUAGAGUGAGUACAAAGAUGAAUAAGAUAUUAUCUUCCUGAUGAAGACUUGUGGAGGUUAGUAUUAGAAAAGGCAGUUAGUCAAUUGCCACGUAUUUUGGAGUUAAGGAUUUUGAAGCCAAACUAGACUGGAUUUAAAUUUAAACUUGGGGGGUGCCUGGGUGGCUCGGUUGAGCGUCCAACUUUGGCUCAGGUCACGACCUCACGGUUUGUGAGUUUGAGCCCCGCGUUGGGCUCUGUGCUGACAGCUUGAAGCCUGGAGCCUGCUUCGGAUUCUGUGUCUCCUUCUCUCUCUGCCCCUCCCCCUGCUCGGGCUCUUUCUCUCAAAAACUGAAUAAACGUUAAAAAAAAAUUAAAAUGUACACUUGGAAGAAGCCUAAGUUGGUUGUUUUGCCUUGUGCAGAUUUUCCAACCUCAGCUUCCUUUGUUGUAGUGUCGGAAUGGUAAUAGCAACCUCAUAGGUUCUCGGGAUUGAUUAAAUGAAACAACAUAGGUAAAGCCCCUCAUACAGCGCCUGACACAUAAUAGGUACGAGAGAGAGAUAAAAGUACAGCUGUGGAUUUAGAAAUGUUUGUGUCUGAAGUCAAAAAAACGGUGCAGGGUCUUAAGAAUAAGGAGGAACACAGAUUGCUUCUCAAUGAGAAAGCUUCUUAGAGAAAAUUGCCUUCUGGUUAGGGUAUUCUGAAGAGUGGAUCUGUUGUCACAUGUGCACAAAUGUUUUUCCUCAGUUUUUGGGUGUGUGAUACAUGUCCGUUGUGGAAGAUGCAGAAAAUCGUUUUUAAAAAAUCACCUAUAAUCCCCUAAAAUGGGAAGUGUUUCGAUGGGGAUAGAUAGGGCUGCCACAUACAACUUCACAGUCUAUACGCUGAACGGCCAUACUUGGUGGCCCCAGGUUGGCAGUAGCCGUGAUGUGAGCAGGCGCAGAGCCAGGAGAUUGCCCGCUGUCUGGGAUGUACUGCAAGGAGUCUCCAUCAGCCGGGGCUGAUGGAGCCACUUGUGGGUGAGCAGUGUGCAGAGACAGGCUGGGACGCGCUCAGAGAGCCCCAGUGCCCGCCCAUUAGACACCCCUGGCCUCAGUGCAGACCUGCUGCAGGUUUUUCUAGCACCAGAGUGAUGUGACUUCAUGAUCCUCCAGGGAGGAUUGGUGGGCAGAGUGGAUUGAAAGGGAGUGAGAGAGGAAAUGGGAGUAUGAAAACAGCUGGCUUGGCUCAAGGCCCACUUAAAGGUGUUACCUCUGCCAGGACUUCCUUAGCUAGAAAGGGUCCCUCUUGGUCCCCUCUUCCAGAGGCACUGCACACAGUUGUUCCAGCACAUCUUAUGGAGAUGAUUUUCUUUUUCUUUUUCUUUUUCUUUUUUUUUUUCUUUUUUCUUUAAAAAAAAAAAUUUUUUUUAACGUUUAUUUAUUUUUGAGACAGAGAGAGACAGAGCAUGAAUGGGGGAGGGUCAGAGAGAGAGGAGACACAGAAUCCGAAACAGGCUCCAGGCCCUGGGUGGUCAGCACAGAGCCCGACGCGGGGCUCGAACUCACGGACCGCGAGAUCAUGACCUGAGCUAAAGUCGGACGCUUAACCGACUGAGCCACCCAGGCGCCCCUCUUUUUCUUUUUUUAAUGUUUGUUUUUGAGAGAGAGAGAGAGAGCGAGUGAGCACGCGUGUGGGGGAGGGGCAGAAAGAGGGAGAGACAGAACCCAAAGCAGGCUCCAGGCUCCGAGCUGUCGGCACAGAGCCCCAUGUGGGGCUCGAACCCACGACUUGUGAGAUUGUGACCUGAGCUGAAGUCAGACACUUAACCGACUGAGCCACCCAGGCGCCCUGCCUGGAGAUGAUAUCCUUGAUCUCACUCUCUCUUUAAGAAUGUCAAUAUAUUGAGGGGCGCCUGGGUGGCUCAGUCAGUUGGGCAGCCUACUUCGACUCAGAUCAUGAUCUCGCAGUCCGUGAGUUCGAGCCCCACGUCGGUCUCUGGGCUGACAGCUUGGAGCCUGGGGCCUGUUUCAGAUUCUGUGUCUCCUUCUCUCUGACCCUCCCCUGUUCAUGCUCUGUCUCUGUCUCAAGAAUAAAUAAACGUUAAAAAAAAAAAUUAAAAAAAAAAUGAACGUCAAUAUAUUGGGGCGCCUGGGUGGCUCAGUCAGUUAAGCAUCUGACUUCGGCUCAGGUCGUGAUCUCACGGUUUGUGAGUUCAAGCCCCGCAUUGGGCUCCGUGCUGACAGCUCAGAGCCUGGAGCCUCCUUUGGAUUCUGUGUCUCGCUCUCUGCCCUGCCCGUCCCCUGCUCACGCUCUGUCUCUCUCUGUCUCGACAAUAAAUAAAUGUUAAAAAAAAUUUUUUUUAAAUGUCAAUAUAUUGGGGACAGGGCAUGAAGGAGUGUCAUAAAAUCAUAUUUCUACCCUUUUUCUGUAACAGCGUCUAGUAUACCAAGUAUCUUUUGAUAAGAUACUUGUUGAAGGAGAAAGGAAGGGUGGUCAUUUCAAACAUGUAAAUGAGAAAAUACGAAUGCAAGGUUCAUAGACUCAAAAGUCUUAUGUGGACAGGCAAGGGGUGGGACUGAUAAAGCCACUGGGUGGUGGACCUUGGUCCGUCUAGUGGCAAGGGAAAUAUUAAAACUGUAAGAGAGAAGAGUCCCUGGCAAAAAGAUGGGACCCAAGUGUUCUGAGAGAGGGAUUCAGCUGGGAAAUGUUGAAGGAGUUCUGAGACAGCACCAGGGAGAAGGCUAAUGGAGAAUAAACGGGAGGUUUGGCCCUGCGUGGGUGUGUAGGGUUGGGAGCAACUGCAUGAAGUUGAGGGAGGCACCAUGUAAUGACCCUGGAGUAGUUUGGGACUGACACCCCCACUCACCUGGAGAGAAGGAGAGGUGGGCAGUGCCCUAGUACCAAGAAGCAUUUUCACUGCGGCCAGUGUCUUCUUCUAUCUUUGGGCAUAGGGGUUGUAACAGGAAAAAGGGUUUUUUGGAACCCGUGUGGUCUUUUGUUAGAAUUCUAAAAGGCCCAUUCUUAUGUGUUAACACCAAAAAUAGUUUUCAAAUUCAAGAUCCUUCCCUGUGGCAUUGUAGUCUGUUUAUUAGGUAUUUGGAAGAAUCCAUAGCUGCCAAUGGAGGGAUUCUGUUUUCUUAUCUUUUAGUGAAGUUGAUGAAAAUGUGUGGGCAGUCUUCUGUGAAUUAAGGUGUUAGUAGUAGUCAUCUGUGACUUGUAUGAACAAGUGAGCAGUUGCUGCAAAAUCAAACAGGCAUUUCCUUUAAGAGCAUGGCUGCCAGGGGAGAGAAGAAAGCUACAAUAGCAACAAGGCUUGUAAAUCAGUUCCUGUUGGUGGUAAUGUUCUUGGGAACUGGUGAGAAGCUUAUUUAUCCAUAGUAGUAAGAGACAGUUUACUUUCUUGCUAGCCGAACUGCCUUUUUUGGAGCUAACGGUUAACCAGGAUUUCCAUGUGAACAGUGAUGGUGAAUGAUGGUAGUGUCAUUUUGGCAUUUCCAGUUUCUUGCAGGUCUGUUUGCUUUCAUAGUAUACAUUGCUUUCUUUCUUGGAAGCUACGUAGUAAUACCAUAUACUUUCUUGAUGUUUUAAUGUUUUGAAGUAGUCCAAGAUACUUCAUAUUUUUCUUAAGUUACUCAUUAUUUUUGAGAGCAAGAUGUUCCCUACUGUUAAUUUCAGAUUUAAAAGUAUAAUUUGAAUCCUUGGAUCCCAAACCUGCUGUGCAUCCAAAUCAAAGGGGAGCUUUCUAAAAGGGCAGCUUCCUGAGAACCAUUCUGCCCAGCUAGAUGGGAAUCUCAGGGAUAGGACUUAGGAAUCCGCAUUCUAAACCACUCCUGAGACCUGAGUCUGACCCACAGGCUGGCUGGGGUGCAUUGGGAUAAUGGCAGAUCCCUCCCCACUGUCAGGAGUUGUGGCUGUGUAUUCCUGGUGCCUGGCACAGUGACUGACACAGACGGGAACUCCAAAGUUUGUUGAGUCUAGCAAGGAUGGCAAGAAAGGAGGCCCCUGGUUUUUUAAAACUGGUUUUUAACUUUGUAUUACAUGCUGGAAACGUCCUGUUAAUUGCCUCCAAAAGUUUAACUAAGAAGGAGGGCUGAGAUGGUGAUGUUCCCUGUGGCCAGAAGCACCCUUCUUUUGAGCUUGUUUACCAAGUCGGGAGUCUCCAUAAUCAGUGUGUUGGUCCUAAGCUGGCUACUGAAUAGCAUAAAAUGUGUAGUCCUGUUUACAUCCAUUGGCUAUGGGUCUGAACAGAUAGGAUCAGCUGAUGACUUUUGGGGUGCCUUUGGGGUUCUGUGUUGGAAGAACGUCCCAUGUGAUUGUGACACGCUGUGUGCUUGGGCUUCUCUGCUGCUCCUCUUGGAGUUUGCUUCCAAUGAAUACCUCGGUUCCUCCCAACCUGUCUUUUGUAAAGCAGACAUGAGCUGAUCUUACCUAGGUGAAGUAAACGAGUGCUGUUCAUUCGGCUUGGGCAGAUGCCACAGUUAGAAUCUGUAAUAAGUUGAAACCCUGCUUGCAUUGUCAGCUGUUGAAGUAUUUUGCCCCAGGUUAGUUACGUUGACCCGUUUGUUCACCUUUUGGCUCAGCUCAGUCCCUGAGCAAGGCCUCAUAGUCACAUGCGCCUCUGCCACCUUCCUUUGAUUUUAAUCAACCGGGUUCAAUGUUUAUGAUUCGCUUACAUAAUUCCAUUUAGUAUUUUUCUUUAAAUCAAACCAUUUCUAUUUAAAGUCAGUCCGUUGCAAACAAAACCUUACCACAAUCAUCAACAGGAAGACUAGUGUUGUUUGCCAUACAUGCAAGGCGUAAAAAUAAAUACAGGGAAGAGAUGAUUAAAUUCUUUGUUACUGUUCUUGCCGAUGCCGGCUCUGAGGCCUGCUCCCUUUGUGGAAGGGGAGACUAAGACUAGCACGGUUUAGGCAAGUGUUAUCCACACAGUAGUUGUGAUGUUAUCAGAAGAACUGAAAGAGAUAUGGAGAAAGGAGUAAGUUGUCACUUGAGCUUUAAGGUUGUGAAUGUUAGGGAGUGAUACCUGCUCCAUGUUUUAGGAAACACCAGCUCAAGCUAUUGGAUUUGAUUUCCUCUGGUGCUUAAGGAGCUGUCCACUGAGGCCAACCAACCCUAGCGGUAGGAUUUAUCAUGCCUAGGAAGCAGAAUUCUCCAGUCACAUUUUGAUCUGCAGAAGGAUCACAGAGGACAAAUACCCUUGGUCUUUUAUGUGUUGAUAACGUACUGAACCCCUGCCAGUCACUGUGAGUGGAACGUGAGUCUGGUCCUCAGUGUGAAACAUCUGUCCGUCCCAGACCUCUGUUCAUAGAUGGGCGUGGGGGCAGGGAGAGUGGGUGGCAUAUCAUCCGUCUGGGUUUUUCAGAACUUGGUGUAAGCAGAGCUAGCAGAAACACUGCGGUGAUCUUGCAGCCCUCUCUACUUGCAGAUACUACGAUCCUGCAAAAUUAACAGCCCCACACAUUGCUUGGAUUUAAUGUUCCUUGAAGUGCACUGAGGUGGUUUGGAUUCUUUUAGAUGCCAGCAUAAAUUAUAUUUUUCAAAAAUGUCAUUUUCAUUAGAAGAUCAGUAAGUUGAAAUGACUCCUGCAUUUUUGAGCUAAUUGAUUUCAAAGAAUGUUAGUAUAAGAGCAAAAUGAGUCUUAGUCUAUGAGAUCUGAUGGGCUGGUUCUGGCAUAAAUGCUGAUUCCCGUUGUUGACACCACUUAAAAUAGUUGUGACCAGUGAUUGCUGUCGUGUAAUUCAGUGGAUCUACAUCACAAAGCAAGGUUUUGCUGUUUCAUAAAGAACACCCCUCCCCUUUUGCCAUCUGAUGGAAAGUAACAGUUUCGGGUAUUUUCAGUGAGUUGUUUUAUUUGGCUGUUGAGUAACUUUGUUUUUGUAUGAAGAAAAAAUGUUUCCCUGUUCACUCCAGUGUGCCAGCUAAAUUUGGUCACUGCAUUUUUAUAAUCUGGGCCUGUUUCUACUUUGAAACUUUUAGUGAUAGUGAAUCUUUUUAGGAUUGCCAUUCACCUAAAAGUCCACAGAUUAAUGAUGAUUUUUAAUAGCACUUUGAUGAUUCAGUAAGCAUUUUUACAUGUAUUGUCUCAUUUCCUGUUCUUUGAGGCCCAUCAAGUGCAUAGUUCUAUUCCCAGUUUACAAGUAAAACUCCUAAAUUAAAUUUCUUUCACAUGGAUAAAAUGUACCAGGCCAGGUUUUCUGGCUACUCCUAUCUAUUUCUCUUGCUUGUAAUAAGGAUGUAUAGAGUUAAAAGAAAAUCUAGGGAAGGUGUAAUGAAUUCCACAUGUCACAAAGCUAUCAUUAGUGACAGAUGUCCUAGCUCAGGUAGAACUUUAAAGGUGGCGUAGAGUAGCUGGGUCAGCAUCAUAAACUCAUUACCUCAGAGCAUUCAGUAAUUUGAAGACAUAAUGGUAGUAGGUAGAUAAUUGAUUUAGCAUAGUUGUUGGAUUUCUCUUUGGCCUGUUCUACUUUUUUAAUCCUAAAUCCGUAGUAGCUAUCCAGAGCCAAGUGCCUCCUCUUUUUGUUCCAGCCCCUAACAUUCUGUAGUUUCUUUAAAGAGAGUUGGUUGGCAUAUUUAUUUCUGUAGUCAGUAUAAAGAUUGAAAGUUGUUGCCGAGCCAAAAAUACUUGACUCUUUUGCUUGGGAGACAUAUGCCAGGCCUUUGUCCUGCAGUCAGAGCUGAGUCAGGGAAGGGAGCUAACCAGAGCAGGCACGUCACAAUGUGAAUGAUGUCAAGGUGGACGUUAAUUUAACUCUCCGUGGAAAUUCGAAGUUGACCAUUUGACCUAAACUUCAUGUCACGGAAAAUAACGUGAUAAAAAAUAAAUGCAGUGAAUUCAGUUUUUCUUUGCCACAAGCCAAAUAGUGCUAAUUAAUCUUUUCAUAUAACUUCAGUAGCAUCAAAUAAAGGACCAGUUUGUCCCUAGGUAAUAAAUUUUAUCUUUUUCCCUCAGUUAUGUAAUAAGUAGUAUCUUUAAGUAGUAGUAUUUAUGCCAUUUGUAGGAGCAGCAUUUAAACUUAUACUUACAAAAAUGUAUUGAUUUUUCCUCUUAAUGAAAUCUCUGUCUUUAUUAAUGUGCCUUUCCAGUUACUUUAAAAAAAUAUAUAAGUUGGCUGUGAUAUUAUUCAUGCAUUUAACAAAUACUUAUAGACUACCUAAUGUCUGUUGUAGGCGUUGCUCCCCCUGAACGAAGAAAACAGUGUCUCUCAUGCAGCUUAUAUUCUGGUUAGGGAGGGUGGAGACAAAAUCAAGUAACCUAAGAUUACUUCAUGUGGUGAUAAAUGCUGGGAAUAAUGUGACAGAGAAUGAUGACCCCUGGGCAUGACCCUUUAGAUAAGGCUAGUCAAAGAAAGCUGCUCGAGUUGUUGAUAUUGAAGCUCACUGAGAAGAAGAGCCAGCCAUUUGAAGAUGUGGAGGACCAUUGUUGACCACAGAGAAAACAGCAAGUGUAGAUAUGCUGAGAUGGGCAUGACAGGAAGACCAGUGAGGAGGUGGAGAAGCAGUGUGUCAGGAAAUGAGGGGUCUGGGUUGAGGUUCCAUAAAGGGGGGACUGGGGCCAGGUCGUCCUGGGCUCAGAGGCUCAGGACUGGACAAUGCAGGCGAUUCGAAGUUGCUGGAGGGUUUUGAGCAGGAAAGUGACUUGAUCUCAUUUAUGGUUGCUCUGUGGGACACGGGCAGGAGUGGAAGAAGGGAGCCCAGUUGGUAGGCUAGGCUGUUCUGCCCUAGUCCAGUUGAGAGCUGGGUCGGGAGGAAAAGCUCAGAUUAAGACUGUGGCAAAGGCUUCAAGCUGUGGCUGGAAUUGCAGUCUGUGUGGAAGUAGAAAGCCAGCGGGGCCUGCCCAUGGUCUGGGGAUUAGCAACAUGGGGGAAGCAGGACGACGGAUGACUCAUGGCAAUUUUGGCUCAGGCGGCUGGAUGAAUUUACCUAGUUUACGGAGCAGGGGCUUGUUCUUUCAGUUUGUACGUGGGCUUUCUUUUUCUUUCUUUUUUAAUGAGGUGUGCUGACCUGAAUGAAGAACCUUGAUGUAUCAUAUUCAAGUCUUUAGGCAUUUUCUAAAUAUUGUAGGGGUUGAAGAUAAUUAUUGCAAAGAUACCAAGCUUUGGGGUCAUUUAUUUUCCUUUGUUGUUGUUGUUUUGAUAGAACAGUUACCUAGGCAUAGGGGCCAGGAAACAGAAGGGGAUGUGUACACUUUCCUGGGAGGGGAGUUCUCAAGUUCUCAUUUGGGUAACAAAAACAUACUGAUUAACAAACAAAAACACAUGCAUUUGGGUUUGUUUUCAUUACUAGGGUAGUAACAUACCUUGUAAAAAAAAAAAAAUAAGUAUGAAAGAGGAGGAUAAACAUGAAAUCAGAAUGAAUAAAGCUCCUCCAUAUUUUCAGGGCUGCAGUCUGGCAUACACCCUGGGAAGGUUUCUAGUUCCUAGACUUAUGUGGCUGCAUGUUUCUUGUUUUCCCUCAGACACAGCCACAUUAGAUUUGUUACAGAUUUACUUUUUUAACCUAAUAAUCUUAUUUUUUCAUGUUAAUUCAUAUUACAUUAUUUCUUUCUUUUUAAAGACUGCCUAUUAUUCCAUUCGCUAGUGUAUUUAAACUAAUGCCACCAGUUCUCUAUUGAUAGACAUGUGGUUUUUCAGUGUUGCAUUAGGACGGGCAGUGCUUUCAAGAACAUUCUUUGGGAAUGCCUGACAGUUAUUUCACUGUAUUGAUUCUCCACACAGAGGCUGGUCAGAGCUGCCCUCCAGGUUAGUAUUAUGGUGAUUUCAUGAACUACUUCAACAGAUCUAAUUUGUGUCACCAGAAUAAGACAGUGAAAAUGUGAGUUUCUAGCAGCAUCAAUCAAUCAAUCAAUAAAAAUUGGCUAUUUACCCGUGCUAUUCUUGACUUGUCUACUAUACAUAGAAAUCAUUAGGUUGGCUGUGCUUCAGAUUUUAAAGCUGAUAUUUCAGGAUAUAAAGCCACAUUUUAGUUAUAUUUGCUAAAAGAUGUUUAUCCUGAGUCAUUUCACGAGACUUAAUUUGUAUGGUUAGUAGUUAAGAUACACACACACCUGCUUUUUCCACCCUGUUUAACUGUGGUCUUACAUGUGACCAGAAGAGGGAGUUUUUAUCACUUCGUGAUGCUGUAACACCUGGCUGGGUGUCCCUGGCUGGGACACUUCCUCCCAGGCACGGGCUAGUCCAAGCCCAUAAAACAAACUGGUUUGAGGCAAGGGAGCAGUGGCUAAAUUUAGUUCUUUCCGUCCUCAUUUCACAUUGUAUAUAUAGAAAUCCCAGUCUUUGGGUUUACUUCUGCAUUUUGCUAUUAAGGCAGCAGUUCUCUGAACUUCAAAGAAAUUUUAUACCUUUUCCUCUUGUGUGUUUUGAAGUUUAAAAAUAAAGAGAAAGGGGCGCCUGGGUGGCUCAGUCGGUUAAGCCUCCGACUUGGGCUCAGGUCCUGAUCUCAUGGUUUGUGGGUUCGAGCUCUGCCUCGGGCUCUGUGCUGACAGCUCGGAGCCUGGAGCCUGCUUCAGAUUCUGUGUCUUCCUCUCCCUCUCCCUCUUCCUCUCCCCCGCUCGUGCUCUGUCUCUGUCUCUAAAAAAAUAAAUAAAAAUGUUAAAAAAAAAAAAAGGGAAAGAUCAGGGAAGGUAACUAUCUCAGUUUUAAAAGUUAAAAUACAGUCAAUAAGCCCCUAAUCACACAUGAUAGAGCUCUUGAUUUGGAAUCUCCUAGAGUCAAAAAUAAACUCUGGAAUGAAAUUUGUUUAUUGCUUCUUAUGCUUGAUGUUUUUAAAAGAUUGUUAGAAUUCGUAAUACUGGAGAUUUGUAGUGAGCUUUAGAAAGUUAAAAUAUUGAUGGGGCACCAGGGUGGCUCAGCCGGUUAAGCAUCCGGCUCUUGGUUUUGGCUCAGGUCAUCAUCUCAAGGCUUUGUGGGUUCUGGCCCCUCGUCGGGCUCUGUAGCAGUGCAGAGCCUGCUUGGGAUUCUCUCUCUCCCUCUCUUGCUGCCCCUCCCCCACUCAUGCUGUCUCUGUCUCUCUCAAAAUAAAUUAAAAAAAAGAAAAAGAAAGUUAAAAUAUUGUUUCACCAGAGUGACUAACCGGCCUUUUUUCUAUGUGAUCCUUACUGUGCUUAGUUGUGCUACUUGAAUCUCAGUCUGUUUAGCCAAACAAAUGAAAUGGGAGCCCUAAUCAGAAUAUGCUUGUUUGAUGUAAUCGCAGAAUUUCACAUUGUCUAAAUUUUUCUUCCUCUCACAGUGCAUUUUUUAAGAACAAAAAUUUGUUCCUUAUGGAGUUUUUGAAUAAUGCAUGAAUAUAUUAAAUAUAUAAACAUCAUGUAUUUUUACAUAGACAAAUGUAUUAAUCUCAAAUAUGCUAUUUUCAGUUCAGCCUACUUUUUUCUUGUUUCAUUGGCUUUCUGCCUACCCACCUUUUCCAGCUGUAAUAGUCUUCUGUCUACUGUUAAACCAUCUAUGUAACUUGGUACAUUAUUAGUACAUAACUUAGUAUAUACAUGCUUCUAUAUUUUUCUCAUGCUAAUAAAUGUAUUCAGGCCCAUCUAAUCCUUUCUUAGUAAGGACUUGUGGUCAUAGUUUUACAGAAAAUGGAUUCUAUGAUGCACACUUCUGCUUCUUUUCUACUCAGCAAUACCACGUGGGAAUUUAUUCACAGGCCAGGAUAACACUAUUCGCCCCAUUUUAAUGGUUGCUCACUAUUCUAAGUUGUGGCUGUACAGUAGCUUCCUCAUUGAAGUCCUCUGUGGACAUACACGUAUUUCCUCCUUUUUGCCUCCAUGAACAAAAGAGCAGUAACCAUCCUCCUACAUAUGUCCUUACCUAUUUGUGGUUUUGUUUCUGUGGGAUUAGUCUCAGGAAGGGAUUCCUGGGUCAGAAAGGGUACUUCUAUGCAUUGUUAAUAGCUGCUACUAGAUUGUUUUCCCCAAAGGCUAUCAUCCUUUAUAUCUAUUAGGUGUGCUUGAGAAUAUCACCACCAGGAGUAUUCAGUUUCUAAAAUUCAGUUUCUUUUUCUAAAGUGUCUUAAAGUGUUUCAGACACACACACAAAUGUAAUUGAUUGUGAUCUAACUCUGAACUAAGUUUCUGAAACAAGUGCAAACUUUUUUACUAUCAGUGUUAGCAUGGAUGUUCUGAGUUUGAGUAAUAUGUAACGAUAGGAUUUCAAGAGAUCUUUCAAAACAAGUGAUGGUUUUAAAAAAAUAUAUUGAUUUAAGCAAUCAUAGGCAAUUUUCCUGGCAUCUGUGGGAAAUUUCUAUUCAUCCUGCUUGGAAUUUACCUUUGGGAGAAAUCUAGGUCAGCUAGGCUGAGAUCCCUUUCUGCAAAAUGUAUAGGCUCCUAGAAGAUAACAUUUUGGGGUGAAUUUAAUUGCAGGACUGAUGAUUUUAAGAAUCUGUUUGUUUUAUUUCUGAUAUCAUUAUCCUCCUUGCAUUUGGCAUGAUUGGUCACCUUCUAACAGUGUUCACUUUGUGUAUCAGAUAAUGACUGGACUGAGGUCAGACUGUGGUUAACACAAAGCCUAUGUAAAUCAGGCCAUGAGGUUAUACUUACUUUAUUUCCCUGCCUUUGAACAAUUUGAACAGUUGAAAAGGGAUACACGCAUGAAGUGUGGCGGAGCCCUGAAGAGCCGUCCACCGAAAGAUCAGAUGAUGGCAGCCAGAGGAAGGCUGCUGCAUGGUAUUAGCCCCCAAGGUGAAUUAUCCCCAUUUAAACUUCAUCUCCCACCUCUCCUAAUCCGGCGUGAGUACCUAAUGAGCACUGGAUAAUAACAUAGCAACAUUUCUUGGGGAAGCUAAUCUGAUUCUGGAUAGCAGGCUUCCAAGCCCACAGCUGAAUGAAUCGCUUGGUAUUUCCAAGUUUGAAAAUACUUUCUCCCCCUUUCAAGUGUUCCUUGGCAGCAGGUAAGGAAUGUUAAAGCUCCUGUAAGUGCCAAUUAAGGCCAAUUAUAACUUGCCCGGCCUGCUGAGACACUGAAGUGAAGUCAGUGGAGACUUGUGGCUCCUGUAAACUGGAGAACUGGCUACCACCAGUGACAGGAGCACAGCCUUUACCAACUGCCAACAACUUGUUGGUUGCUGUGCUGAACACCACAUGACACCUGCCGGCCUCUCAGGGAUUUGAUUUAGGAAAUCCCAAGAUUUGCUGGGGACAUCACUAAUUUCUGUAGCAGCAAUCUCUUUCUCCCGUUCCUUCACAUGAUGCCCACCAUCCAGUUUCUCCUUGAUUCCAAUCAUAAAAGCUAACAUUUAUUGAGCACUGAAGAUGUGCCAGUCCCUGUAUCAUGUACGUCACCUCUGACCCCUCACCACGGCCCAAUAGGAGGAGGCAGUCUUAGCACGUCCCCAGAGAGGACACCGACCCUGAGGGACACAAGUAUCUUGGCCAAGGCCGCACAACUGGAAGUGAUGAGACUGUGGGCUAGCUGCCCCCUGAACCCAAGCCUUUGAGGCGCUGCCCUCCCUGGCUGCUGCUGGUGUGUGUGUUUGCUGUGCGCAGACUAAUUCACGGAAGAGUUUUGUCAGUUCAGGACUCCCUUUGUGCACCAGAAUAAAUGUGAUGCCUGCACGCCAUCCGCAACACCUCCGAUACCUAUAAUUUUUAAUCUGUAAGGCAUGGAUAUUAUUCUACUAAAAUGGUAUUUUAGUCUCAGGCUUUUUUUAGUCUAUAGUCUUUCAUUUUUUUUUUUUUUUUUCAUAAGAAGAAAGAAAUGUGACCAUGUCCCCAUACCUAGACAUUUAAACAUGAGCCAUCAUUGGGAAACUUAAUACCAAAUAAGCUUCAUUUGGAUAGGAUAUUGGGAGAUGGUUUGUAGAAAAAAGUAAUCAUGCAGAGCUCCUGGGUGACUCAGUCGAUUAAGCAUCUAACUCUUGAUCUCAGGGUCGUGAGUUCAAAUCCCACUUUGGCCUCCACGCUGGGUGUGAAGCCUACUUAAAAAAAAGAAAAAGAAAAAAUGAAAAUAGUACUAAUGCUGUUCAAGCAGAACAAAGUAGUAUUUAAUUAAGCAUUUGCUUAACCAUUUUACUCAGGGCAUUCAGAGAGAAGAAUGUGUGUGUUUGAAAAAGACAAGCUUUUGUGUAUUUUUAUAUAUUCUUAUUGUACAAAGUUAUAUUUUCCUGGCUUACACUAUCAGUCAUCCCUUUUUGGAUAUAGGUCUUAAAAAUUUAAGUUUAAAUUGUUUCUCUCUUGUUUAUGCAAUUGACUGUUGAACAACAUGGAUUUGAGCUGUGCAAAUUUUACCCAUUUAUCCGCAGAUUUUUUUUCAAUAAAUGUAGUACAGUACCGUAAAUGUACUUUUCUUUUCCUUAUGGCUUUCUAAAUAAUGUCUUCUCUAGCUCAUUUUAAGAAUACAGUAUUUAAUACAUAUAACAUUGAAAAUAUUAAGUAGCUUUAUGUCAGUGGUAAGGCUUCUCACCAACUGUAGAAUUUUAGUACUUAAGAUUUUGGGGAGUCAAAAAUUUAACAGAUUUUUUCACCUGGUGGGGGGGGGGCAGCAGUCAGUGCCCCUAACCCCGACAUUGUUUAAUGGUGAACCAUAUGUAAAAUUAAAAUAUAGAUAUGUAUUUGUAGCCAUUAAGGAUGUUUGCUGAGGGACACCGGGGUGGCUCAGGUCAUGAUCUCACGAUUUGUGAGUUUGAGCCCUGUAUCUGGCUCCACGCUGACAGUGCAGACCCUGCUUGGGAUUCUCUCUCUCUCCCCGCCUCUCUGCCCCUCCCUGUGCUUGCUCUCUCACAAAAUAAAUAAAAUAAACUUAAAAAAAAAGAACAAGGUUUGUUGCAAUUCACCCUAGUUUUCACCAGGAUUAUAGAAAGAUUUGAUUAUCAGAACUCGUGGAUUGGCUGGGUUGUGUAAUGAUAUUUUUUCCCCACAAAAGCGAACAUUAGAAAGGCACGUAUUUGUGCUGGGAGAAGAGCUAGGACUCUGGGGUCUGGCCUGACAGGUGCAGUGAUGUGGAACGGCGGCUUCGUCUGAGAAAAGGCCCCUUAUCUGUUUUGUCCUGUGACCAAUGACAUCGAGGAGAUUCCUCAGCUGCCCCUUGGGAAGGGUGGGUGGGUGCAGACCUGUUGCAAUCAAGUAGGAUAGCAAUGGAGUUUUUUCUUCUAGCUUAAGACCUUCAGUGAAUUAAUCUAAACUUAUUUUUGCUAAGUAAUUUUGAAAGAUGUUUUCAUCCUGUGCUUGAUCUGCUGAUGCCCCUUACCUGGUGUCCUCCUGGAGUCUUUUAAAGACCACUAUAGCUUUGCAUUGUGUGAAUGUGAUUAUAAGAAGCCUGGAGGGGGGGCAGGGAGUAGGUUUGAGAAAACCCUCUGGAUCUUAAUAUUGUUGCCAUGGUCAGGAUCUGAUUGCUUGCCAUGAAAAUAAAGCAGUGUGGCUAUUACUCUUUUGUUUUAGAAUAAAUUUAGAAUUUGUGUCUGCUCUAAUAGAAACCAUUUCCUACGCCUCACAACUCUUUCCCACCCCUUCCAGGCCAAAUCUUUUCCACACAUGUAAUUCAUGACUUCUUGCCAAAUAUUCUCUAUGGGGUGAUGGGAUUCUGUAGAGGAAUUUCCCCCCUCCUUUUGACAUUUAAAAGUGUUCAUUCUGAACUAUCAGACAUCUGAGUCUAUUUAUGUGUGCAGCCUUUAUCAUCAUAAAACUCAGAUCAGUUGGCCAUUUUUUCCAUGUCUAUUUGACAGUAAGAUUUGGGGAUUGAGAGUAGGAGAAUAGUUUUAUGGGGAGUAUAAUAGGGUUGACAUAGAGAAACAGACCAGGAAGACACUGUUUUUUAUAAAGAGUCAUUAGGGAGACAAGUUUUUGGAUUAAAAGUAUAAAAGGUCCUAGCUUUAGUCAGUCAUCUAAUGAUUGAGCAUCAGGCUUCAGACAGUCAGGUGUAAAUUGUUCUGAAAUAAGAUGUAUUUUACAAAUAUGCAUAGAAAAUUAGUUAAGAUUUUUGUUACUAGAUUUAAGAAAGGAAAGUAGACUUCAGAGUGACAAAUUUUAGUUAUUUUUAAGUAUAGAUCACAGGGAAAUAAAAUGUCGAAAAAGACUGCGACUCUUUGUAGAAAUGCAUUGACUUUAAAACUUUCCAGUUUAUCGAGGCUUAAAAUGUAGGCUGUAUAAUGAAUCAUAUAAAUUUUCCAAUAUACCUGGAAGCAGCAGUGUCCAUUUUAAAGGUAUUCAGAAAAAUCAGGGUGUGAGUAAAUUCGCAUUUUAGGAGGUUAAAUUUAUAAAUUCCAUCUUCCCCCGUUUGGGCAAGUUGCCUUUCAAAUAGAAGGAUUAAUUUACACCAGCCAGGACGCCUUGUAUGACCAUAUUAGUUGAAAUUAGACUCCACCCCUUGUUUUCUGUUGAUCUGCCAGGACCUUUGUAAUUCAAGUGCUUUUUACAGUAGUAGCAAAUGUUACAUAAGACCAAACAUGGAGCAUAUUUGGAGUUGGUGGGCAGACCCAAGUCAUGAUGCAAGCUUGCAGUAGCAAGUGUGCAAUGAAGCACAACCAGAUUAUGUGAAUGGAAGGUGACAAGAAGCCUUUCCAGAACAGCCCUUCCUCCGCACGAGGGCUGAAAGCUCCACUGGAAAGAAGACACAGCUCGUCCAGCAAGCCUUCUUGGGCCGCUCCUCCCACUUCAGUAUUUCCCUUCUUCCCUUCUCUGUCCAAAAGCAAAGGAGGCAGCGGAAGUGGAAGCAACCGUUCUUCCAGUGGAGGUGUUCUAGGCGCAUCCUCAUUAAGUUCCAAGUUGCUGAAAUCACCCAAAGAGAAAUUGCACCUCAGGGGGAACACCAGGCCAAUGCAUCCCAUUCAGCAAAGUAGAGCCCCCCAUGGUAGAAUCAUGACGCCCUCUGUCAAAGUGGAGAAGAUUCAUCCGAAGAUGGACGGCACACUACUGAAAUCUACGGUGGGGCCGACCUGUCCUGCUACUGUGAGUUCCUCAGUCAAGCCUGGCCUUAACUGCCCCUCGAUACCAAAGCCAACCUUGCCUUCACCUGGACAGAUUCUGAAUGGCAAAGGGCUUCCCGCACCAUCCACUCUGGAAAAAAAGUCUGAAGAUAAUUCCAGUAACAGGAAAUUUUUAAAUAAGAGAUUAUCAGAAAGAGAGUUUGAUCCUGACAUACACUGUGGGGUCAUUGAUCUCGACACCAAGAAGCCCUGCACCCGGUCUUUGACAUGCAAGACACAUUCCUUAACUCAGCGGAGGGCUGUCCAGGGUAGAAGAAAACGAUUUGAUGUGUUAUUAGCCGAGCACAAAAACAAAACCAGGGAAAAGGAAUCGAUUCGCCAUCCGGACUGUCAGCAACCAACGCAGCCUCUCAGGGACCCGCAUCCCGCCCCUCCUAGACCUCCACAGGAGCCACACCAAAACUCUCACGGAGUGAUUCCUUCUGAAUCAAAGCCUUUCGUAGCUAGUAAACCUAAACCUCACACCCCCAGUCUUCCAAGGCCUCCAGGCUGCGCUGCACAGCAAGGCGGGAGUGCCCCCAUUGACCCUCCUCCAGUCCAUGAAUCUCCGCACCCUCCCCUGUCUGCCACUGAGCCAGCUUCUCGGUUAUCCAGUGAGGAGGGAGAAGGCGAUGACAAAGAAGAGUCUGUUGAAAAACUGGACUGUCAUUAUUCAGGUCAUCAUCCUCAGCCAGCAUCUUUUUGCACAUUCGGGAGCCGGCAGAUUGGAAGAGGCUAUUACGUGUUUGACUCCAGGUGGAACCGGCUUCGCUGCGCCCUCAACCUCAUGGUGGAGAAGCAUCUGAACGCGCAGCUGUGGAAGAAAAUCCCACCAGUGCCCAGCACCACAACACCCGUCUCCACACGUGUUCCUCACCGGACAAACUCUGUGCCCACAUCGCAGUGUGGGGUCAGCUAUCUGGCAGCGGCCACUGUGUCUACGUCCCCAGUCCUGCUCUCGUCCACCUGCAUCUCCCCAAACAGCAGAGCGGCACCAGCUCAUGGAACCACACUGAACGCACAGCCCGCCGCUUCCGGGGCAAUGGAUCCUGUGUGCAGUAUGCAAUCCAGACAAGUGUCCUCUUCGUCCUCCUCCCCCUCCACACCCUCCGGCCUUUCCUCAGUCCCCUCCUCCCCUAUGUCCAGAAAACCUCAGAAGUUGAAAUCCAGCAAGUCUUUGAGGCCCAAGGAGCCUUCUGGUAACAGCACUAACUGUCACAAUGCCAGUAGCAGUACCAGCGGCGGCUCAGGAAAGAAGCGCAAAAAUAGCUCCCCACUGUCAGUCCACUCCUCCUCCUCCUCUUCCUCCUCCUCUUCCUCCUCCUCCUCCUCUUCUUCUCAUUCCAUGGAGUCUUUUAGGAAAAACUGUAUGGCACACUCUGGGCCUCCCUACCCCUCAACGGUCACAUCUUCCCACGGCAUCGGCCUCAACUGUGUGGUUACUAAAGCGAACUCGGUGAAUGUCCGGCACGACCAGUCAGGGAGGGGCCCCCCCGGUGGGAGCCCCGCUGAGUCCAUCAAGAGGAUGAGUGUGAUGGUGAACAGCAGUGACUCCACGCUUUCUCUUGGCCCGUUCAUUCACCAGUCCAGCGAGUUGCCCGUCAACUCACACGGCAGUUACUCACACUCUCACACUCCUCUAGACAGACUCAUAGGAAAGAAAAGAAAGUGCUCGCCCGGCUCAAGCAGCGUCAACAACGGCAGCAGCAAACCCACUAAGGUUGCCAAAUUGCCAGCCAUGAACAACGUGCACAUGAAACACGCGGGCGCCAGCCCAGGGGCACAAGGACUGACGAACAGUUCCCUCCUUCAUCAGCCAAAGGCACGUCCCUGACAGCUGAACAUGGCACGGGGAGGAAUAAUCUGGACACUUUUGACGACAAGUUACACCUCCACUCAGCACUAUGGACUCCACGAUGCCUUUGAGUCUGUUUUCCCAACCUCCUGUGGGCCUCGAGGGUAGAAAUCUGCCGGGCUGUUGUUGUAACGAGGAUUUCCCUGAAGCUAUGUCAGUAGCAGUGAGUACUCGUAAAGGACACUGGAUCAAGUUCAGCCACCGAAAUUGCUUUUAUCAGUGUUAAAGUGGUCUGGACUGCUUGCUACCAAUCUGUGAGAAGUUUUUGCUUUGUUUUUUAACUUGCAGCACAUCAUGGAGCCGCUCUUUGAGUAGAUUGGCUGGGGGAGAGCAUGUCUUGGCAAAAGCAUUACUGUAGACUUUCUCCUUUCCUCCUCUCCCCGUCCCAGGUGUUUUUCUUACACUGUCUUCUGUGGGUCCCUCUCCAGCAGUUAGGUACCCCAGCUGGAGACGCCUUCCGGAGGAGGGCAGAGCUGCCCCCUGCGCAGCCCUUCGCAGAAGGGCUCGGUCGUUAGGUUCUUACAGCAACGCUCCAGGAUUGGAAUACGGACGUUAGCGUGAGGCACCGGGACAAAAUAGCCUGUGUUUUCCCCCAGCCUUUUGCAGGUGAUUUGGGAUAGAAGCUGUCAAGAGUUUCUAACUUACAAACUGGUUUAAAGCCAUUGAUGCCCAGAAAGCGAGUAUAUGACAUUUUAGAGGCUUACUUUUCAUGGUACAAAAGCAAUUCUAUGUGAUUUUUUUUUAAGAAAAUGCAAAUGCAAACUAGUUUUGAUAAUGGAAAGCCAAAUUUUGGUUGGGGAAGGGGGGGGUGGAUGAAAUCACUAUGGGGGGAAUGUUUUUCCAAGAUUUCCAAAGAGAUGGAAUUUUUUAUCCUUCAAGUUUUCAUGUUAAACAGUAUGGUAGAUUGGGCUGGCUGUCCUGCUCAGUCUCCCAUUUUUAAAAAAUUGCCUUUGUAAAGUGAAAUUAUUAGGAUGCAGCAGAAACUGUCAUUCACUAAGUCAUUAAUAUACUUAAUGUUUCCAGGGCACUCUGUGCAUUACCCUCAGUCUCUGUGGAUACUGUCCUGGGACUCUGUAAAUUUCUGUGUCGAGUGCUCCCCAUAUUGUGUGUGUAUCUGCACUCCCCUUCCUGUCCACGUGUUCAUUUGGAUGCCAGUGGGUGGGGAGCAGGCACCCAGGGAGGGGAGUAGGCAGAGGUGUACGUGUGCCCAUGCACAGAUGCUGUGACGCAUAUAAUAGUGUCUCCCCGACCAGACCCUCCUUUCUGGGGAUUAAUGCCAGCCAUCUUCCUGAGAGAGAUUUGGAGACCUUCGUGGUUAUUCGUUUAUUUUUUUUGAAUACCCCAUCCCAAAAGACAGAGCUUAAUGUGUUAAAACGUCAUUGCUUAAGAAGGUAUCAUUGAAUUUGGGGGAUGAGCUGGGGCAUUUUAACUGGUGAUUCCACUCUCACAGCUCCUGAAACAAUAAAUAACCCAGGCACUUGUACUUAGAAGAACACACAAAGUUGCCGAACACCACAGGGUAAAUUUCCCAAGGCUCUGAUCAUUGUUCUGGGCAGAGCCUGGACAGAGCAAAUCAAUGCAUCCUUUUUUUCCCUACAGUUUUUGGGUUACAAACUUCAGUUUCAGGGAAUUUCAAGUCAACAACACGUAGAAUGAAUAAAUACUUGGUUACCAGCCUAAUAAUGUGAAUUGCUACAGAAUUACUCUUAUUAUGUAAGACAACAAAAACUUUAUGCAGAUACUUUAGCUAUAAAUUGAUGUAAACUAUUGAUUUUUUUUUUUAAAGGAAAGGGAGAGGAGUAUCUUGUUCACUUAUUAUGCAAUCAGUAAAUAUUUUUUAAAAAUGAUACUAUAGGAGAGCUUAUUAAGGAGAGUGCGUGGAUGGGCCAGUUUGGUGCAGUUAGGAGAAAUCAGUCUGGUUGUUCCGUCCCAGUGGAGGGAGAGAACGGAGGUAAGGGGGAAUCAAAACGUCUUUAGUUGAUUCCUGGGUAACAAGUGCAAUGGGGUAUGGGUAGAAUUUAUUUUCAGAGCCAAGGGGACUUGAUGGAUAUAAAUAAAGUUGCUUUUAGCAAUGGAAUUUAUAGACAGAUCAUGUUGUUCCGAAAGAUGUGAAUAGGACCCAUGAUAGCAAGUUGAUUCAGAAUUAUGUAGAUAUUUAGAUAAGCGAGUGUUGAUCAUUUGAUUUCUUAGACUGAGGUUUUAAUUGAAUUUCAUUAUGUCUCCCGGUAGUACACAGAUGAUCGGGAUUAGGAAAUUAGCCAUUUUGGAUUCUGCCUGCCACAAACAGACCUAUUCUAAACAGUGCUAUUAAAUUUUAGACUGUUCAAAUAUUUUAUUUUCUCCUACAACUACUUUUUAUUAUAAUGAACAAUUAAGACCAUUUAAAACACGGGAGUACAAGUAUUUUUUUGAAUUAAAUUAACUUGCAAAAACCAAAUUUGCAGUGGUUGGGUUGUUUCUAGACAGACUUUGGUAUCAAUUUAAAACCAAGAUAAUUUUUAUAUUCUUUCCAAUAGAAUUUCAUGACAACUCCUGCAGUUUUCUUAACCUACAAAAAAAAAAAAAAAAAGUGCUGCAAUGAUGAACAAAGAAUUCUACAAAACCUACUUUUGUAUCUUUAUUUUGGAAUUUCUUGUUCUAUUAUAAAUAUGGAAGUAUCCCUAUUUCAGAAGACAUAUUUUGUUAAAAAUGAAUUGUACAUAUUUAAAUAUGUAUUUUUGCACAGGUCUUUUUUUCUGAUAUCCUGUUUUGGUACAAUUGAGAUCAUCUAGUAUUUAUUUAUUAAUUAAUAAAAGUAAAUACCUUUUUAUAAUUUGAAGUGGUUCACUGCCAAGCCAAUAGUUCUAGAACCUGCCUCCUUUACAGUUUAAGGGAUGCCUCUGUUCUGUGAAAGUCUUGUUGUCCCUUUUCAUGUCUCGGGAGUGGAUUCGUACAGACGAAGUGGGCAUUGCUUCUCUCUAGUCGCCUGAUUUCCCGAUAGACUACAUGUAACUAAGUGACACACUGCUUUUCUUUCGUUAGUGUUUUGUGUGUGUGUGUGCGUGUGCGUGCGUGCGUGCCUGUGUGUGUGUAUGUGUACGCUCUGAGCACAUGUGUGUUAGUCUGUGAUGUGGUUUCAAACUAACGGAAAAAGUGCCUGAACCUAGUUUUAAGCUUCGACAGAUUCUUUAAAAAGACUUGAAUGUUCAGUUGAAACCUUUGGAGUUUGCUUUUUCCACCUAAAUAUUGUUUCUAAAAUUUUAGGGGAGGGGUUGAAAACCACCGAUGCUGGUAAUUUUAUAAGGUAUUUUAAAAUUAAGGCCUUUUGGUUCACAGUAAUUCAACUGGUGACGUAUUGCCCGGUGGCAGCAAGGGUUACAAAUCUGUUUUGUCAGCCAGCAACUUAGAUGAUAUAUCUGUUUUGUUAUUCACUCAUGAAAUACAGAGUUUAAAAUAGAAUAUUUAAAAUAUUUUCUAUUCCAAAAAUAUAAUACAAAGUACCUCUGAAAACAUUGCAAAAUGUAUAAUUUGAAAAAUGUAACUUAUAAAGGCAGCUGUCUUCCUGCGAGAGUUCUGUUGCCAAGGAAUUUCUUACUGUCUCAUUAUGUCCGGGGUGGG